UGAGGCGGCACGGGCUGAGGCAGCCCGGCCGGCUCCCAUCUGCGCCGGCCCUGCGUACCCGGGCGGGAGGGGGAUGUGCCGAGACCCUGCGCGGGCGGCGGCGGCGGCGGCGGCUGGCCAGGCGGUUGUUGCUGACAGUGAAAGACUUCCUCUCAAAGCUGUUUAAAUGAGAAUGUCCCUGGCCCAAAGAGUACUACUGACAUGGCUUUUUACGUUACUCUUCCUGAUCAUGCUGGUGCUAAAGCUGGAUGAGAAAGCGCCAUGGAACUGGUUCCUCAUCUUUAUUCCAGUCUGGAUAUUCGAUACCAUCCUUCUAGUUAUGCUCAUUGUGAAAAUGGCCGGACGCUGCAAGUCUGGCUUUGACCCUCGCAACGGCUCCCAGAACAUCAAGAAGAAAGCCUGGUACCUCAUUGCAAUGCUGCUCAAACUGGCUUUCUGCCUCGCCCUCUGCGCUAAACUGCAGCGAUUCGCCACCAUGAAACUAGCCUAUGUAUUCAUCCCUCUGUGGGCCCUGCUCAUCGGGGGUAUGGUUGAACUCGGAUAUAAUAUCUUCUAUGUACGAAGAGACUAAACUGUACCAUGUGGAUUUAACACUGAUGCUGGUACCAAGUUACUGGGUUAUUACAGCUUUGCCACAAACUUGGGUCUCCAAAUUAGAAAGCCAAGUAGGAAAUCGGCCAGGCUGGAGACUUUAAACUGGACUGAAGACUGACAGUAGAUUUGUUCCUUUUUUUUUCUUUAUUGUAAAACUGUCACAUAUGCUCUUGUAAAUAAAAGUAUUUGUUCAACUUAA